GAUUUUUUUGCGCGAAUGUGAUUUUCACGCAGAAGAAUUUUCAUGCAGAAUUUGUUAAUGUAAACUCAUUUUUACAUAGAAACAUGAAGUACAUGUUUAAUUGCUUAUGUUUGUUUGGUUUGUAUAGUAAGUGAUGUCUGCCAAAAAGGCACCUACUAGAGAAGCUGCAAAGAGAAAGUCCACAGCAAACAAUGAGGAUUCCAAUAUUAAAAGCCACAAAGCGGAAAAGAAAGUACGCCCAUGUUCCAAGACAUCUUGCCCAGCCACUGCUCCCAUAUGCUUUGCAAGAUCAUCACAAUUGUGUUGUGGAAAUGGUUACACCUCCCGCUGGUACCACAUCACUGCAGGCGAGCAUUUCUGUAAUGAAUGCUUUGAGCACUUCUAUCGCAGUUACAAAGACGGCUAUGACAUCUACAUGAGCUGGAAGCGACUGUGGACGCAGUACGGCAACACAGACCACAGUAUCAGGUCAUACAUGGUGGACCAGGUGCUGCCAUACUGGGUGGAGUGUAACCUAUGUCACAAGUGGCGCAGCGUGUUCCGAGAGACGGACAUCAGCCCAAAGUUCCUCAAGAGUUAUGUGUGCACCAAGGUACUGAAGCAUCAAAGUCAAGCCGAAGCCUGUGAAGCCCCAGAAGACUUUCGGGUAGAGAUGACAAAAGAGGUGUACCUAUGGCCAAUACACAUCUCUUGCAACCAAUACUUGAAAAACUCCAUUUACGCCCCCUACGUGCGUGACUUCGUUCUGGACAGCGUGGGAAUCAGCCCUUCGGACACUUCCGUGCAUAAAUACCCUGAUGGAGUGUUUGAAGUGCGACCGUACAUGCAGCCGUUCCAGUAUGACGACCCGAUAGCGCUGGCCCUCCCGCCUGACCAACUGUCAGACGAGGAGCUGCUCUACUUCCCAGAGUUCCAUGGAAUCUACCUCCGAUACUACCUCAUCAUCCGAAACACCAUCUUGGUGCUUUGGUGUCUAGACGUAAAGAGUUACGUGACGUUGGACCGCGUGAUGACCUACAUCAACCUGCGCGGUCUGUCCCGUAUCUGGCUGACCCUGCAUGUGCAACGCCUUCUUCUCUUCCUCACUCUCAAGGGCUACAUCAACAGCGGGGUGGCCUCCCUUCCAAAGGACGUCAGCUUCAUUCAAGGACUGGCAGAGGAACAAAAGCAUCCAGUGAUCAUCAUUGGUGGGGGCAUUGCAGGCCUCUCUGCAGCGAGACAGCUCACAAACCUGGGGGUCAAGGUUAAAGUAUUAGAAGCUGGUAGUCAAAUUGGUGGUCGAGCUGUUGACAGAAAUUCAUCAUUCCCUACCCAGUCUUACCUCGUUGUUGGAUGUCAGAACAACCCACUCGUUGUCAUGUGUAAACAGCUGGAUAUCCCAAUAAUGGAGCUUGGGGACAGCUGCCCCCUGCUGACAGACUCAGGGGAGGUUAUAGAUGACAAGACGGACAGACGCAUGCAGUUCCACUUUGAGGCUAUGCUCGACAUCAACAAGCAACUGUGCAAGGACCUUGAGAAAGACACCAGUCUCAUGGACAGAUUUACCCAUCUCCACACUCAGUUUAAAGAUGAGUCUGGCAUCAAUUUUGACAAGAUGGAAGAACACCUGCUGCAGUUCCACAUGAGUAACCUUGAGUACGCAUGUGGGUCUAGCCUUGACGCUGUGUCUGCGCUGCACUGGGACCAAAAUGAGGACAUGCCCCAGUUCCAGGGCCCACCUGUGAUGCUGCAAGGGGACAUGAAGGCCGUCCUAGACCGUCUGGCAGAGGGGAUCGAUGUGUGCAAUGAUUGCAAGGUCACUGGUGUAGACUACAGUGGGAAGGACAUUCUUGUCUCAGCGGGCUCAGAAGAAUUCACAGCCUCAAAGGUGAUUGUCAGCGUACCGCUGUCAAUAUUGAAGGCAGGAUCUAUACAGUUUACACCAGCCCUACCUGACUACAAAACCUCCAGUUUAGGCAUAGGACAUGUGGAAAAGGUUUUACUUAAGUUUGAGAGCCCAUUUUGGAAGGACAGAGUGAAGACCUCCAACAUGUUUGGUUGCGUUCAGACGGGAUUCUCCUUUCGGGGGAUGUUUGACGUCUUCUAUGAUAUUUCAAAUAAGGAGGAGUACAUGCUUUCCACGUUCAUCUCUGGUAAAGCCAUAGAAACACUACGCCAGAAGUCUGACAAGGAAGUCGCGGAUAUGUGUGUGGAAUGCCUCAAGAACAUGUUUAAAGAUGCCAGCUUUCCCACUGCGUUCUACGUGUCAAGAUGGUAUUCGACCGCUGAUAUUGGCAUGGCGUAUUCAUUCAUUCCCGUCAACGCUGGGGCAAAUGCAUUCAAUAACAUGCAAGAAGAUGUGCAAGAGAAAAUAUAUUUUGCAGGGGAGGCAACCCACAGUCAGUUCCCACAGACACUGACAGGGGCAUACAUGAGUGGUGUUAGAGAGGCAGAAAAGAUCUACAGAGCCCUUGUGGACGUCACAUGACCUGGUUACUACACACUGAUUGGUUCCAUUCUGAUCAUGCGAUGAUGUCAUGUGACCUAGUGACUACACACUGAUUGGCGGGGUUCUGAUCAUGUGAUGAUAUCAAUUACAUGACCUGGUUACUACAUACUGAUUGGCUGGGUUCUAAUUAUGUGAUGAUGUCACAUGACCUGUUAAAUUCACACUGAUUGGCUGGGUUCUGAUCAUGUGAUGAUGUCACAUGACCUUUUGCCCACUUUAAACUGAUCAGCUGAUUUUUAGCUCGACUAUUAUAUAUGAAAUAUAUAUAGUGGAGCUAUCCUACUCACCCUGGCGUCGGCGUGAGCGUCUGCGUUAGCGUGCAAAUGUUAAAGUUUUCGUAUUUCCCCUAUUAUUUUCAUUGUCACUUGACAUAUUGCUUUCAUAUUUUGCAUACUUGUUUACCAACAUGACCCCAACCUAUAAACAAGAGCAGACAACUCUAUCAUCAAGCAUUUUGUCAUAAUUAUGGCCCCUUUUCCACUUAGAAUAUGCAGCAAAUGUUAAAGUUUUCGUACUACCCCAUUUAUUUUCAUUUUCAUUGUCCAUUGACAUAUUGCUUUCAUAUUUUGCAUACUAGUUUACUAAAAUCACCCCAACCUAUAAACAAGAGCAGACAACUCUAUCAAGCAUUUUUUCAUAAUUAUUGCCCCUUUUAUACUUAGAAUAUGCAUAUUAUUGAUAAAUCUAUGUUAGAAGUUUGCGUACUACCCCAAAUAUUUCCUAUAUCCUUUGACAUAUUGCUUUUAAAUGUUCAUACUUGUUUACCAACAUGACCCCAACCUAUAAACAAGAGCAGACCACUGUAUCAAGCAUUUUUACAUAAUUAUGGCCCCUUUUACACUUAUAUAAUUGCACAUUUUGCUGAAAUUGCCAUAACUUCGUUAUUUAUGAUCACAUUUUAUUAUUACAUUGACAAAACAACACUUACCUUAAUACCACAAUUGAUUCCACCCAAACAAUAUCCCUUGCCUCCCCCAUUUUUUUUUUAAACAUCAUGUAAUAAAUUACCACACCCCACA